GCCUGUAGGUGGGUGUGUUUAACAGAAGGAAGCAAUGGGGACCGCCUGUCAGCCAGCCUUUCGAGCUAAUUAGCUCAGCAUACAACAAAGAUAAGUGAGCCUGAGAGGAGGGCCCCCUGAGGGGUCUUUAGAUUCUGGGAAAUGUCUGAUUGGCAGAUGUUAAAAGGGAUUCUUUGGUAAUCCAGUGCAUCAAUGAGCUGCACAAAUUCAGUCCAGGACUGCAAGAAUUCAGGCAUGAGGACACUGUGCAGCAGGCUCACACAGACAGACCCGAGAUGGACAGAACCUUGGAAUCUCUGAGACACAUCAUUGCCCAAGUCUUGCCUCACAGAGACCCAGCUCUAGUCUUCAAAGACCUGAACGUUGUGUCAAUGUUACAGGAAUUUUGGGAAAGCAAGCAGCAACAGCGGGCUGCAUUCCCAAGUGAAGGUGUGGUCGUCUAUGAGUCUCUGCCAUCCUCCGGGCCUCCCUUUGUGAGUUAUGUGACGCUCCCAGGGGGAAGCUGUUUUGGCAACUUUCAGUGCUGCUUAAGUAGAGCUGAGGCCAGGCGGGAUGCAGCAAAAGUGGCCCUAAUCAACUCCCUCUUCAAUGAACUGCCUUCUCGCAGGAUCACCAAGGAAUUCAUUAUGGAAAGUGUUCAGGAAGCGGUGGCCUCCACCAGUGGAACUUUAGAUGAUGCAGAUGACCCGAGCACGAGCAUUGGAGCCUAUCACUAUAUGCUGGAGUCAAACAUGGGGAAGACCAUGCUGGAGUUUCAGGAGCUGAUGACCAUUUUCCAACUACUGCACUGGAAUGGAAGUCUAAAAGCCCUUCGUGAAACAAAGUGUUCUCGACAGGAAGUCAUCUCCUAUUAUUCCCAGUAUUCACUAGAUGAAAAGAUGCGCAGCCACAUGGCACUGGACUGGAUCAUGAAGGAGCGGGAGUCACCAGGAAUUCUCUCUCAAGAGCUGCGAAUGGCCCUGAGGCAGUUGGAGGAAGCCAGGAAAGCCGGACAAGAACUACGGUUUUAUAAAGAGAAGAAAGAAAUCCUAAGCUUAGCCCUGACUCAGAUCUACAGUGACCCUGACCCUUCCUCACCCAGUGAUGACCAACUGAGCCUCGCGGCCCUUUGUGGCUACCACUAGCAAGGCCAGGUCCCAGUGCCCCCAAGGACUCUAACCUUAGGAAGCUCUUUGAAGGAGCAUCAAUAGCUACUACCUGAAGGCUGUACUAACACCCCCAUCCAUGCCAUUCAUAGACCCUGGGAGUGAUAGGACUCAGGCAGAUCCCAAUCUCCCACUUGAUUUAUUUUCUCA